GUGAUCGACCAGGUGGGAAAGUGCGUUCGGUGAUCGUGGGGGAGGGGUCGCUGCCGACGACGCCGCCGCUACCUGUUACACGGAAAGCCGUUUCCGAAAGGAUUUCGUUUCAGUAGCGCCGAAUUAACGGUCUGAAUCGUGUUGUGAGCCGCGACGUACUCGUAGGUGGGUAAAUGAUUAUUAUAAUAUUUAGCCGUAGACAAAAUAAUCGUAAUUUCUCAUACAUUGACCAUCGUAAAAGUAUUGUAAAUGAUUGUGUCACAUUCCCGCAAGUGUACGACAAUAAUAUUAUUAAUCGCUCGCUUCGGGGGGGUUGCGUUGACUGAAAAAAAUAACCAAAAACAAUUUUUGUUCGACUUGCUUGUGCUGUGCAUAAAAUUAUAAUUUUUUACACAUAUUUACAAUACAAUAAUAAUAUAUGACGUAUAAAGUGUGUGACUUCAUGAUAACAGUGACUUCUGCGCCGAAAACACAUUGCCGCAACCAGGAUGCAAUCGUAAUAUUAUAACGACGACAAAGUCGGGGACGCGAUGUCCAGUGGCGGCGGCACUGGUGGCGGAAACAGUCAGCAGCACAGGUUGGACACGAUGACCAUGUUGCGUCGGAGAAACCGCGGUAACCGCGGUCGGUUGGUUCGUUGGGAACGCGUAUCUGAGUGGACCGGUACCGCGCACGUUACCGCCUGGGACGUAAUCGUCCGAGAUUCAUUGCUGCACAUUGCUUGGCCUAUGUCGUUGGGAUCCGAGCCGGUCGGACCGCCGCUGGACCAGCUGUACGUUACCGGGUACCUUUAUUACAGCCAAGCGUGUUAUACUCUCAAACACCAAAUUUGCACAAUAAACGAACAACAGACGGGAUCACGUUGCGAGCUGCUGGUAUAAUGUAAAUAUAUUAGAUAAUAAUAGUAUACUGUGUCUGGAUAUAUGUGUUUAGUGAUUGAAAAAUUAAAAAAAAUAUCAAAAUACGUUUAGUAAUAAACAUGAUAAACAUCGUAUUAGAUAAGUAAAGAGGUUUUUUACUUUUAACAAUAAUUAAUUAUAAAAUAAUUGCUAUAAUAUGUUAUAUUUUCAGAAUAAAUUAGUUUGAUUUUAAUGAUCGCGUAUUUUAGUUAUUAAUAAAAUAAUAAAACAUUGAAAAAUGUACACAAUAUAAUAAUCUACUAGCUGAUCCUACACGGUGUUCCUCAUGACAAAUUAAAUAUGUAGUGCCAGUGAAUUUAUCCUGUCUUAAACCCCGUUUAAUGUAUAAUGCACAUAUUUUUAACACAGUAAUUUGGGUGGUUUUGUCCAAAUACUAAGUACAUGUCUAAAGUUAUAUAAUAUACAUUUAUAAUAACCAUUUUAUUGCAUGUAGCCAACGACACUAUAUAAAAAAAAAAAAGAUAAAUUCAUAUUUUGUGAGCCACUAAAUCCCCGUAUGAGCCACUCAUGCAAAAAUGCAAAAUUUAAAAAUUGGCUUCGAGGUGCUCGUUAUCCUCUUAUACAGGAUUACAUAUGUAUUAAAUUUCAGAACUAUUAGUCGGAUAUACUUAGCUGAUGUGGAUCGCUUACACACAUAUAAAAAUUACAUUUUAUUUACAUAGAUUAUACCUAUUUGGAAACCAUAAAUAGGUAGGUCGUGUGUUAAUCAUUUAUAAUAGAUACACGUUCAUCACGACGUCCGCUGAAAUGUAAAUAAAAAGUUUAUUUCAAAAUUUAAUAAUAAAAUGUUGAGAAAGGUGCAAUCAUCGAUGAAAAUUAUUGUUUUAACAACAAUAGGACCGUUUAUAGUUGAGUCGUAAAAUAAUAAUAUAAACAGCCACCUAUAGUUAAAUAAAUAAUGUUGUGCAUCAACGACUAUAUUUUAUACUUAAACAACCAUUUAUUAUAACAAUAAUAAAUAAUAUUUUCAACACAAUAUUGUGCAUUAUUUAUGUAAAAUAAUUUCCCCACGGUUGAUAAAUAUGAACUUUUCCUAAGCAAUCAUUUAAACAAACAGUAAUCGUUGAUGUAUUUAAGCAUAUAAUUAUUAUGCUUAACGACUAUAUUAUAACUUGGAAAAAAAUAUAGAAUAAGUUACAUAUUAUUACAACAGCGAUGAAACGAAAAUCAUUCAACUUCCGAAUACUCAAAUAUCAAUGAAGUUAUAAAAGGGAGUCCUGCAUUGGCAGAAAUAAAUUAUAAUUACUGCGAGUAUACCAUAAAUUAUAAUAUAGACACAAAAAUAAGGCGAUUAAAAAUUCAAACCGUUAUUUCUGACAAUUAUUGACGAAAUAAUGUGACCCAAGUACUAAUUUUAUUUACAAGUAUAUUUCAUAAUUCUUAAGUACAAAAUCAAAUAGUCUUUUUUUUUACAAAGUUCAUCCAAAAUUUCUUAUGGUACGAGAGAAGUUUUUAAAUUGUAGAAAUAUGACAUUAUGACAAUAAACGUCCAUAUCACUCUCUAGUCUCUAAUCUCUGGACAGAAAAUAAAUAGGACGUAGGUAAACAUGGUCCUUAAUGAACACUAAUUGUCGGCUAGUAAACGCCGCGCAAAUUACAUUAAUGUUUUUAGAUAUUAUUAAAAAUAAUAUAUUCCUUACGGCUAACAUCAGAUCAAUGAGCUAUUAUUAUUAUUUACUAAUUUAUUAUAUAUUUAUUUGGUACUUACAGCGUAAUAGAUAUUAUCUAUUUUAUUGAAAAAAUAUUUAAAUAUGAACUGUACUUGUAUCCGCCAUCGUCGUUCGGUAAGUGGUAACGAAAUACAAACAUGAAGUAAAUGAUUCUACGACAAUUGCCUUGUUUAUAAAGCAAAAGUUCAAAUAGAUUAAUAUAAUAGCUACCUAUGGAAAUAGUUUAUUGGAUAAUGAUGUGCGUCGUAAAUUUCUUGCAAUAUUUCGACUGUUUCGAGAAUUAUUGAUGUUUAUCUAAUACGGGUAUUUUAUAGAGUAGUAAUAUAGGUACCACCUACCUGGUACAUAAAAUACAAGGAAAAAUUUAGGUACACAGCGGCGUCGGGUUUUUGAGCGUUCGACAGCGUCCGUUAGCUUAUAUACAUAUUUUGUUCACGGGAAAAAACGUAGUCAAUUCGUUGAUGAACUUCACCCCCCCCCCCCCCCAAUUAAAAAUUCUUGAGUACACCUCUACCAUUUGGUGCAUCGAAAUAUCAUGCCGGGGUUCUUCCUAAUGGUGCAUUCUCUUUAGAGAUCUCCUUAGUCUUUUUAUACAUUUACUACAAUAACAUUGAGUAUUGUCGUAUUUAGCGAAUUUUUAAGACACUUUACCUCCAAGACCAAAUCUUUUAAUAAAUAAUAAAUAUUGAACAAUAUUAACUAUUAUAAAAAUAUCAAAUUAAUAAACUAUAAACU